AUGACAGUAGUAGUGGAGAUGUCAGAAGCGCAAAAACUUGUAAGUGGUGAUGUAAAUGGAGUUGUUGCAAGAGACACAAAUGGUGGUAGUGCAAGCGGUGGCGUAGCUGGUGGUGUACCUGGAAUUGUUGGUGGAGGUGUAAAAGGUGGCAUCGAAGAAGGCCCAGGUGGUGGUGCAAGUGGAGGCGUAGCUGGUGCUGUGUUUGGAGUUGUUGGUGGAGGUGCAAAUGGUGGCAUUGGAGGAGGCCCAAGCAGUGGUGCAAGCGGAGGUGUAUCUGGUGCUGUGCCUGGAGUUGUUGGCGGAGGUGCAAAUGGUGGCAUCAGAAGAGGCCCAAGCGAUGGUGCAAGCGGAGGCGUAGCAGGUGUUGUGCCUGGAGUUGGUGGAGGCGUAAACGGUGGCAUCGAAGGAGGCCUAAGUGGUGGUGCAAGUGGAGGAGCCCUAAGCAGUGGUGUAAGGGGAGGAGUAGUUGGUGCUGUGCCAAGAGUUGUUGGUGGAGGCAUAAACGGUGGUGUUGGAGGAGGCCUAGGCAGUUGUGCAAGUGGAGGCGUAGCUGGUGAUGUGCUUGGAGUUGUUUGGGGAGGUGCAAACGGCGACAUCGGAAGGGGCCCAAGAGGUGGUGCAAGCGGAGGAGUAGUUGGUGCUGUUCCUAGAGUUGUUGGUGGAGGAGCAAAUAGUGGCAUUAGAAGAGGCCUAGGCGGUGGUGCAAGCGGAGGCGUAGCAAGUGCUGUGCUUGGAGUUGUUGGUGGAGGCACAAACGGUGGCAUCGGAGGAGGCCCAACUGGUGGUGCAAGAGGAGGAGUAGUUGGUGCUGUGCUAGAGUUGUUGGUGGAGGUGCAAAUAGGAGCUUUAGGUGGUGGUGCAAGCAGAGACGUAGCUGGUGCUGUGUCAGGAGUUGGUGGAGGCACAAAAGGUAGCAUUAGGGGAGGCCCAAAUAGUGGUGCAAGUGGAAGCGUAGUUGGUGCUAUGCCUGGAGUUGUUGGUGGAAGCACAAACGGUAGCAUCAGAGGAGGCUCAGGCGGUGGUGCAAGCAAAGGCGUAGUUGGUGCUGUGCCUGAAGUUGUUUGUGGAGGCACAAAUAGUGGCAUCAUAAGAGGUACAGGUGGUGGUGCUAGCAUUGGAGGAGGUGCCAAUGGUGGUGCAGGUGGAUGGACUAGCAUUGGAGGAGGAACAAGUGGUGGUGUUGGUGGAGGGGUUGCUGGUGGUGGUAUAUUCUAA